AAGUGCAGGGGCUUUAGCCGCCCUGCCGGCCGCGAUGCAUUGUGGGCCGGCAGCAGCACAGACCCAAGAUGGCGGCCAGCAGGAGGCUGAUGAAGGAGCUUGAAGAAAUCCGCAAAUGUGGCAUGAAAAACUUCCGGAACAUUCAAGUGGAUGAAGCUAAUUUAUUGACCUGGCAAGGGCUGAUCGUUCCCGACAACCCUCCGUACGAUAAGGGAGCCUUCCGGAUUGAGAUCAACUUUCCCGCGGAGUACCCCUUCAAGCCCCCAAAGAUCACGUUCAAAACCAAGAUCUACCACCCGAACAUCGACGAGAAGGGGCAGGUUUGCCUUCCCGUCAUCAGCGCUGAGAACUGGAAGCCGGCCACCAAGACCGAUCAAGUCAUCCAGUCCCUCAUAGCGUUGGUGAACGACCCGCAGCCCGAACACCCUCUGCGCGCCGACCUGGCGGAGGAGUAUUCUAAGGACCGUAAAAAAUUCUGUAAGAACGCCGAGGAGUUCACAAAGAAAUACGGCGAAAAGCGGCCCGUGGACUGAACGCCGCGGCCACGGAGGUGUGCGGGCGUGCCGGGCGGGCGGCGGGCGGGCGGCGGGCGCCCGGGCCCCCCGGGCCCCCCGCCGAGCAGGACUCUAUGGGAAAUUGGCAAGGGCCACCGCCUGCUGGUAACUUGUGGCUGUUACUAACUUUCUACCGUUUUCUUAAUCAGAUGUGGUCUAGGUAACCUGUAAAGAAAGGAUUAAAUACUUAAGAUGUUCUAGUUCUGCUUUCCUUGUUUUAAAAAAAAAAAAGAAAAAAAAAUCACUGCUUCAAUCUACUUUAAGGAUACGUUGUUUCUUUUCUUGUCAGAAUUUAUCAAAAAUCGCCAACUUCCAUUCUGCCCUUAAGGCCGCGAGCCGAGCCGAUGGAAACGAUCGCGGCCGUCCUCGUGUCCGUGGACGGUUCCCCCUGGGUUUUUAUUUUCAUUUUAUUCUCCCCGCGCCCUGGGUUCAGGCUCCCGGCCCAGCAGGGAGCUGCAGCUGUUCUGUAGUUCCGUCCCUCCUUUCUCUCUCCUUCCACCCGCACCCCCUUUUCUCUCUGCUCUCUCUGUCUCUCAUCCUCUGUCUCUUUCUCGUUCUCUCUCUGUCUCCCCCCCUCCCCUCCCUCUGUCUCGUUCUCUCUCCCCCCCUUCCCCAUCUCUGCCCCGGGCUGCCGAAUCCUGACUUCUUCCCCCACUCGCUUUGGAACCGAAUAAAGCGUGUCCCGUCCCCCCCCCCCACCCCCGCUCGAGACGCAAGCGGGGGGCGGUGGGGGGGUCCGGGGCUGUUGGGCGGCGGGCCGGGCCUCGGUGCAGUCUGGCUGUUGUUACCACCGUUAUGUUCAUUAAAUGGGCAAUCCCCAA